UUGCUACAAUCCUAAUGAGGAUCAUGCACUUACAAUGCUGCCGUUAAAUAUAUUCUUGUAAUUCCGAUCAAAAUGGGUCAUAUGCUUUCAAUUUGGAUGAUAUUUUCUCUUUUGGCUCUCUCCACAUGGAAAACAGCUGCAUAUGAAGGAGAAUCCUUAUCUCCAUCUGGCUAUCAACUCUGUAUUUACAACGAGACCCGCACUGUGAGUUCCUUGGUGUUCCGAAAGGUUCCGUAUACUGUAACCAAGAGUUGCGGUGGCUGGCUCUUUUGGACGCCAUGUCCAGUGACGCUUUUCAAACUAGUUCAUCAGACAGAGUACAGGAUCCUGGUGGAGCAGGUGACCAGAUGUUGCCAUGGUUACGUCCAAGUGGGAAGCUACUGUGCCCUGUCUUUAAAUGGGAGUGAAGACUUGAUGGCCAAACCUGGAUGGUGCCCAACCACAAUUAGAUCUAAUUCCAGUGUUGAUGACUGCAAGUGGGACAUUGAUUGUCCGGAUUGGCAAAAGUGCUGUGAGAGCUCGGGUUACUUUCUCUGCAAUAACCUUACAAACUCCGCUAAUUACACGGAAAAUCCGAGGCACUCUUUCAACGCGACAGUGACAAUAAAGACAGAUUAUCAACAAUUGAUGAACAACGGCGCUCUUUUCAACCACACAAGAUUACUUCAAACGAUGGUAACUGGAGCGUUGGAGUCAGUUGAUUUUUCAGUUUAUUACCUCAGCUCAUGGCCCGUGCAUCCGUAUCGAACGGCCACCUCGCUGCUGAUAGACUGCAGCUUUGCUCUUUCACCUCACGUGGUCACGUCAAAACUGCAUUUCCUCCUGAAACACAUACAAGAGGUGUCAGCUGUGACAGUAGAAGAUGUCAAUGAAUGUGCACAUCCGGCUCUCCAUCACUGCUCUCCACUAGCUCAAUGUAGCAACACGGUGGGCUCCUACCACUGCACCUGCCAAGCAAGAUAUGUUGACGUUGACCUCAGCAAUCCCGGAACUCAUUGUGCAGUGCCAAAUGACAUCACCACGCAAGGCACCACAGAGUCCAUGCAGUGUUGCCCUCUACCAAUCAAUAUAACCUCACCUCCGACUGCACACAACAACACGGUGAUUAGUUUCAACGUCACAGAAAACACGAGCACUGCAAUAUACGGAUCUACAACUGAUGAGCUGCCUUUGACAUCAACCACAAGUUCCUCCUCCCCUGGCAUCAGCAGAUUACAGGCUGCCAACAUCACUGGCACUUCUUUUUGUGUGUACUGGUCCAGCCUAAUCCCAGCAAACCAGACUUACUUGGUGGGUCUUAGUGAGGGCUCAGAUGUUAUUAGGAUGUGGACAACUGAGCAGACCAUGAUGGAAGUGAGGGAACUGCAGCCGGGGGUGCUCUACAAUGUCACUGUUAAGAUCCAAACAAAUAAAAGCCAUGGAGAUAUUCUUUAUAUAGCAGUCAAAACUGAUGCUCAAACUCUGGAUGCAACCACGCGACUUACCAACAUCCCGUUCACCGAUGACCUAUACAACACAAGCAGUCAGGCCUAUAAAAAUCUUACAGCGGGAAUUUUAGAUGAGAUCUACUUUUCUCUGGCCCGAGAUACAAAGACGAUGAUGAAUUCGGGUCAGGUGAGAAUCGAGAUCAUAAAGUUUUCCCCCGGCAGUGUGGUGGUCGACUUCAUCCUGAUCUUCAGCCCUGGUCAAGAACAAGACAUCAGAAACACAUCCACAGCAAUACUCUACUCAUUGAGGAACAGCUCUAUAUACACAAUGGAUGAAAAUAAUACAAGCAUCAGUGAUUUUGAUGAAUGUGUUCCAGGGGAAAAUGAUUGUUCCCAAUGGGCUACAUGUACAAAUACCUGGGGUUCCUUCACAUGCUCAUGUCGAGAUGGAUUUAUGGACACAGAACCACAAAGGCCUGGGAGAGCAUGUCAAGCUACCAUGGAGACCACAACAUUGCAAUCAAGUCCUGUCACAUCCUCAGUCAGCACUUCUCCUUUACCUCAAAUAACAACACCAUCAUAUCCACCUUCAACAAUCACCUCUGAGGAAAUAGCCACCGCUCGCCGAAUGACGUCCCCGACGACUGCCACCGUGGUAGCAACAAUCGCCUCUGUAGUACCAAGUACCACCACUAUGCCGACAACCAGCAGGAAUGAAGCCGUGACCAUGUCUCUCGUAACUGCCACCAUGGUACCACCAACCACUUCUAUGGCACCAACAACCAUCACCAUGGUACCAACAACCGCUUCCACCAUGGUACCACUACCACCAACCACCUCUAUGGCACCAACAACCACCACCAUGGUACCAACAACCGCUUCCACCAUACCAACAACCACAAUUGCAUCAGGAUUAAUUGCACCGAGUACAUCCACUUCAGUUGAAGUUGCAGAAACAAUCUCCACGAUAUCGACAAACACAUUUGAACAUACAACCGGCAUCAUAACAACCACUCAAGCAGCGAGGACUGAACCCACUUCCCCGAAUAAAGACUUAACUUCUUCACCAUCCCAUAGAAUAUAUUCACUUCUGAGUGAUAUUUCAGUUGAGUGCACAAUUACAGGCAUCACAGUUACAAUUGCUAGACAGUUUCUAGUCGAUAACAACAUCAGGGAAGGCACUCUGUACCUGGGCCAUCGGGAAUGCGGCGUCACUACCUUCAAUGCUAGCCAUGCCCAGCUGAUCGUAAACUGGAAUGAGUGCAUCACAAUUUCUGCACAAAAUGAAUCCUAUUACAUGGCUUCGGUAACACUGUUCAACACCAUGGAAACAUACACGUCAGUUAAUGGAACACUGGAGGCACCCAAAUUGCUCCUGGAGGUUCCCAUAAUGUGUACCUACAUGAGGAGCAUGCUCACGUCUGCUGAUAUUGGCUCCAUGGGGUAUGAAUUAAUCCAAGAUGUGAUCACAAGCUCUGGAAUGUUCCAGGUGACAGUACAGCUGCUGAAUGGAACAUUUCCUCUACCUUACAACUACAGCUUGUCUCCAGAGGAGGCUGUUGUGGUACAAGUGAGCAUGAAUACCUCAGCAGAAGAGAUUAAAGUAGUGAUCUACUCUUGCUGGGCGACGCCCACCCAAAAUCCGCUGGAUAACAAACGUUUUAUCUUUCUGGACAACAGAUGUGCCCUCAACUUGUACACUGACGUGUUGAUGAACGGAAACUCCAGCACAUCUCGAGUGUCUGUGCAGAUAUUCUCUUUUGUCGAUGUCAAUUUGAUUUAUCUGCACUGUCACGUUCAGAUCUGUUUGCAGAUUGGAUCUGAUACCUGCGUGCCGGAUUGUUUGCAAAGAACACCUCGGUCUUCCAACACUAUUGGAAGAGCGUUUGGUUCAACUGGACCUUUGUUUAUGUCUGAGGAAGUGGCCCCGGAGACUGAAAGCGACAAAAUCCAACUGAUUGGACUGUCCUUCCUCGGAGUAGUUGUAAUUCUCUUCUUCGUCAUCGGUUCUGCUUGUCUCUUCUACUAUCAAAGAAACCGCAUCGGACAUUAUAAUUUUAAUGCCAAAUCCAAGCCGCUGAACAUCACCAAUAUUGAGGUUCACGCUUAAGUCUCACAUCGUUUGCAUUAAUAAUUUCGUUUUCCCUGUUAACUUUAUUUAACUUGUAAAGCUUUGCACAAUGACAUAUUUAUUGACAUGUCAAUAUUAUGAAACAUUGACAUGGAAAAAGGUCAAUUAAGGGAAGUCAAAUAUAGAGAAUUACCAUAAAUGCACAUUUGAUAUUUAAUUUGAAAAAUUAUCAAUGCAGAAAUAAUAUUUUAUUGUCACUGGUGUACAGCACAAUAAUUUACUUUAAGUCAGUUUCACUGUUUACAAUGUGGAUCAAUUUAUUUAGGCUGUGUAGAAUAAUUACAUUUAUCUACGCUUUUUAAUGUUGAUCAACUUAUUGUUAGAAUGUUUUUAUCAAUUAUAUCUGUCA